AUGUUGCUACCUCGAAGAACUGUUUUGCGGCCACUGGGUUUCUCGCCCAGUGGGCUUCACUUCAGACUAUGCCUGCAUAAUCAGGCUGGUUUUGUCUUUACUCAAACAAAAGCCUAUAUUUUCAAGCGCGGCUUCACCAUCGCGCCAUCUUCUGCGUCGAGUCCACACUCAAAAUGGGCUCUUCUUGGUGCUGGUGUUGCCUUGGCCGGCACCAGUGCCUUUCUCUUCAUGAGUGAAGAAAAGUUCGGCGGUAUUCAAACUAUCUUCGUUCCGUCCAAGGAAGAUUACCAAAAUGUCUACAAUGAGAUCGCCCGGCUGUUGAUUGAGAUGGAUGAGUAUGAUGAUGGGAGUUAUGGACCUGUUCUACUACGUCUUUCGUGGCAUACCAGUGGUACCUAUGAUAAAACGACCGGAACGGGAGGGAGUAACGGGGCAACGAUGAGGUUCGCGCCGGAAUCCGACCACGGCGCAAACCUGGGCUUGGUUCAUGCGCGAGAAUUUCUGGAGCCGGUCAGGAAGAUGUUCCCGUGGAUCACCUAUUCCGAUCUCUGGACGUUGGCCGGUGUCGCAGCAGUGCAAGAACUAGGGGGGCCAACGAUACCAUGGAGGCCAGGACGACAAGACGCCGACAGCACAGCUUGCCCACCAGACGGCCGUUUGCCAAUCGCUUCCAAGGGCCCACCGCACCUUCGAGCUAUAUUCUACCGCAUGGGCUUCAACGAUCGCGAGAUUGUGGCGCUCAGCGGUGCUCAUGCUCUUGGACGUGCGCACACAGACCGGACGGGAUAUGAAGGGCCCUGGGACUUUAGCCCGACAGUGUUUACGAACGAGUUCUUCCGAUUGUUGGUUGAAGAGGAGUGGCUGAAACGAGAAUGGGAUGGGCCUCUUCAAUAUACCGACAAAACUACGAAGACCCUCAUGAUGCUACCGACUGAUAUGGCUCUCAUUGAAGACGCGGAAUUCAAGCCACACGUCGAAAGAUAUGCGAGAGACAGCGAUGUCUUCUUUCAGGAAUUCACUGAUGCUUUUGUCAAACUUUUGGAGCUUGGUGUUCCAUUUAAAGGACAAGGACGUGAUCGCUGGGUGUUUGAAAGAUCUGAAUAG